UGUGUUUAAGUGUUUGAUGGCCUCAAUUGACCAUCAAUUUUACGGAUCAGAUCAGUAUAGUUGUCGUCAUUGUCAACAUCGACAACAACAUCGACAUCGACACCAACAACGACAACACAAUCGGAAGAUAUAAUAAUAAUAAUUAAAAUAAUAAUAAUAUCAAUCAUUAUUGUUGUUGUUGUGACCAACUGUUGAAUAUCAUAGUUGUCUGUCAUCUUUGUUGUUGUUGUUGUUAUUGAUAUCCAUUUACUACUUCAUUAUCAUCGACGACAACAACCACUACCACCACUACUAUCGAGUGAAUUGUCUGUAAUCAAGAUGUGAUAUAACACCGAUCGCGAAGACAACGACGACAACGACAACAACAUCAGCCCAGAAGACUGUCUGAAGACAUUACAUCACACAGACAUUGAUUGUCGCCAUUGAAUUUGAUCCUUAAGUUUCAUCUUCAUUGACAUCUCUGAAGACAAGACAAAACUAAAGACUAUAUAAGAAGAGACUUAUAAUAAUAAUGUUUAAAUGUAUUCCACUGUUUCGUGGAUGCAAUCGACAGAUUGAUUACAUCGACAAACGACACUGCAGUCUACCGAAUAUACCCGACGAUGUCCUCCGAUAUAGUCGGACACUGGAGGAACUGUUUCUCGAUGCCAACCAUAUCCGCGAGUUGCCUAAAGGCUUAUUUCGGCUGACAAGACUGCGUCGGUUAUCACUAUCGGACAACGAAAUUGGCCGAUUGCCGCCCGACAUUGCCAACCUUAUCAAUCUGGUUGAAAUAGAUGUGAGCAAAAAUGAUAUACCCGAAAUUCCCGAACAGAUCAGACACAUCAAAUACUUGCAAAUCGCCGACUUUAGCUCCAAUCCGUUGCAAAUAUUACCCAACGGUUUUACACAACUUCGAUGUCUAACAUCAUUGGCAUUGAACGACAUAUCUCUUCAACAGUUGCCCAACGAUUUCGGUUCGCUAAACAAUUUAGAAUCACUGGAACUUCGCGAAAAUUUAUUGAAAACAUUACCGCCGAGCGUAUCGUUUCUGGUUAAACUCGAACGCCUGGAUCUCGGUUCUAACGAUAUCGAAGAACUGCCCGAAGUUAUCGGCCAAUUACCUAAACUUCAGGAACUAUGGCUCGACUGUAACGAAUUGAGUACUUUACCGAAAGAGAUCGGCCAACUCAGACGCCUAACCUGUCUGGAUGUUAGCGAAAAUCGUUUAGAAUAUCUGCCCGAAGAGAUUGCCGGCUUAGAAAGUCUAACAGAUAUGCAUUUAUCGCAAAACUGUUUGGAAACAUUACCCGACGGUAUUGGCCAGCUAUCGAAAUUGUUGAUAUUGAAAGUGGACCAGAAUCGUCUACUAUCGUUGAAUCCGACAAUUGGCGGCUGUUCAUCAAUGCAAGAGCUUAUACUAACCGAAAAUUUAUUAACCGAAUUGCCGCCGACUAUCGGCAAUUUGGUUCAUAUGACCAACUUUAAUGUCGACCGAAAUCAAUUGAAAGAAUUGCCCCAACAGAUCGGCAAUCUGACCAAAUUGGGUGUACUAUCGAUGCGCGACAAUACUAUUGGCUCACUGCCCGUCGAAAUGGGUCAACUAAGGGAGCUUCGGGUACUUGAUGUUUCAGGCAAUCGACUCAAUCAUUUGCCGUAUACUAUAACUGCCUUAAAUCUCAAGGCUUUGUGGUUGGCCGAGAAUCAGUCGCAACCGUUACUAAAAUUUCAGACCGAUUACGAUGAGGAAAGUCGUAUGAAAGUGUUGACCUGUUUUCUGUUACCGCAACAGGAAUACAAUCCCGAAUGUUUAGAAAAUUUUACCGAUAAUAGUCUGGAAAGGGCUAGCAGUAUAAACUGGGAUCAGCCGAGACAGUCGGCGGUAAAGUUUGCCGAAGCCAGCGAUGAUGAGGAAGAACGGGAACCGCAUCGUAGGCCUGUUAUCAAUACGGCAGUAGCGGAUCAAUUGAAUUUUGUCCGACACGACACCCCUCAUCCCAGAGAACUUAAGGCCAGACAUCACAAGCUGUUCCAAAAGGAUAGCAAAGAUGAUGAUAAUUAUUACAAUAAUAAUAAUAAAGAGAAUGUGACCGCAAAUAAUAUAAAUAGUAGUAAUAAUAAUAAUAGUAAUAGUGUUGAUAAUAACAAAUCCGUCCAAUUGUCAAAUCAACGCAAUAGUACCGUAUCGGUAGAAUCGACCGAAUCGUAUGGAUCGUCGGUAAUUGUCAAAAGUGAUAGCGAAUUGGUCGCCGAUGUCCAGGACAUGGAUAUUAGUAGACGGGGUGGCGGCGGCGAAACCCAAGUGGACUCGAAAUUGGCCAAAGCUAACGCCAUCAUCACAUCAUCGGAAUCGGAUAGUGAACAACAACAGUACGCCAAUAACAACGAUAAACGGGUCGGCUUUUCGGUAUUUGACGCCAAUGCCGAUGAUAAUGAUGUUGAAGACGAUGAGGAAGAGGAGGACGAACAGGGAGAUGGAGAGGUAGACGAAGAGGAAAAGGUUGAAUGGCAUAACAAACUGCACCGAAGGGAUACACCGCAUCAUUUGAAGAAUAAACGAAUUCACAGUUCGAAGGAUGAACAGCAACGGGUGGCGUCAAUACUGGCCGAAGCCAUGCAAAACAAAUCAGCUAAAGAGCACAACAAUUUGCAGCAAAGUCUGUCGCAGGGCGACGACAGUGUCGGCUCGGAUCUGCAACGACCCGAAUCGAUAGUAUCCAACUCGAGUAGCGGCGCCGCCGCCCUCAACAACACCGCUAUGGAGUUUGUUCAGAUGCAAAUGCGUGUCCGGCGAACCAACGGCGGACUCGGACUGAGUAUUGCCGGCGGUCUCGGUUCGUCGCCUUACAAGGGAGACGACGAAGGAAUAUUUGUAUCGCGAAUUACCGACGAAGGACCGGCUCAUUUGGCCGGUUUGCGUGUCGGUGAUAAAAUACUAUCGGUAAACGGUGUCGAUUUUACCGAAAUCGAUCACUACGAAGCGGUUAACGCACUGAAAGCAGCGGGAAUGGACUUUAUUGUUGUAAUAGUUAGGGAAGUGCCGGUUGUAGUGUCCGCGACGCCCGUCGGUGGAGGCAAACAGUAUUCGAGUCGAAACAGCAUCGGAUCGAACGAAUUAUCAUCAGUGCAUCGGUCGUCACUGAAAUCGCAAUCAUCAAACGUUUCGCCAAUGAAACCCCCAAUACAUAAUCAUCAAAACGGUGACAUUGGUUCGCCAACAUCGGCCACUGGCAGCCCAUCAAUGUCAGCCUCUGUGCCACAAACACCUGAUUUUGAUUUGAAACGUCAAAUCGUUUAUACGACACUAAUACGCGACCAGAACGGCCUGGGCUUUAGCAUCGAAGGCGGCGUCGACGCUGCUCCCUAUAAGGAGGGCAGCACUGGUAUCUAUAUUGCUCGUAUAGCCGAAGCUGGUGCCGCCGAUCGUGACGGCAAACUAUUGGUCGGCGAUAAAGUGUUGUCCAUCAACGGCAUCGAUGUCGAACACAUGAAACACAAUCAAGUGGUGGCAAUGCUUACUGGUGUCGAACGCUUUGUUCGGCUAGUGAUCCAACGCGACGGUGCGGAUCCCGCUUUUGGUGACAAAUCGCCAAAAGUAUACGGAAUGGCCCGACCAUACACUGGACUCUAUGCGUCAUCUUAUAUGGCCAACAGGCCAUCCUAUACGGGUUCGUACAGACGGCCGACGUUGGGAUCGGUAAGCAGUUUGGUUGGUGUAGACGAUGCCAAAUCGGCACCGGUAACACCGACGGCCAGCUAUUCGCCGGCAACGCGGCCAACACAUUCGAUAUAUACAAAAUUGCCGGGCCUACGCAAUGAAACUCUAGGAGCUCAGUCGAGCUCUACCCUACCAAACAAUCAUACAAUCAGUGCCUCAACAAUAAAUCCAUCCCAUAUGUCCAAAAGUGCCUCAUCUUUAGAUAAUACAAACGGUGCCAAACAUGGGCUGAUAUCAUCAUCAAUCAGCAGCGAUCAUAAUCAAGAAACAACUGGUCCAUUGUUAAGCGUUACAAUUCAGAAGCCAGCAAUUGUGUCCAAAUUAGAAGACAGUCCAUUAGAAGCACAAUUCCCACCGGCGCCCACCACUGCGGGCGUAUUCACCGAAGUCAUCACCAAAACUACAUACACGGAAAAUAUUGUAACCCGUGUUACCAACAAUGCGCUAGCAUUGCCACCGAUUGAAGAAUCUAUAACACUUGUUAAAUCUGAGGGACCACUGGGUCUCUCCAUCAUUGGAGGAUCAGAUCAUCCGUGUCAUCCGUUCGGUGAAAGCGAACCCGGAAUUUUCGUAUCGAAAGUUUCUACCGAUGGUAUCGCUCACCGAAGCGGUAAAAUACGAAUUGGCGACCGACUUGUAGCUGUCAAUGGCGUCGAUAUGACAAAAGCGACGUACGAAGAAGCAGCACAAGCUCUGAGAAGUCCAUCAAAAGAGAUAACAUUAACCGUAAGACACGAGCCAUUGCCUAACGGAUGGAAGGAAUUAAUUAUCCAUAAGUUGCCGACGGAAAAGCUGGGAAUGAUUGUUAAGGGCGGCAGCGCUGGCCAACCGGGCAAUCCAUUCGAUAAGGACGACCAGGGAUUGUUUAUCGCCCGAAUCAAUCCGAACGGUGCCGCUGCUCGCGAUGGACGACUGAAACCCGGUAUGAGAAUCAUCGAAGUAAACGAUGUUUCGUUAUUGGGCGCCACCCACCAAAAAGCUGUACAAGUGUUGCGCAAUGUUGGCAACAGAAUAAUAUUGUUGGUCUGCGACGGCUACGAUUCGGCCGAGUUGUCCGCCACCACUAACCGAAAAUCCCCGCCCGAAGUACCAACGCCUACAUCACCGAGAAGUUUUCAAUCACCGUUCGGUGGUUCGCCCGAUAAAGAUCUCGAUGACGAUGUAUUUGCUUCGCCGCCGUUUACCAUCAAGACAUUGUCCGAUAAUAGAUUGACUAAUAAUAAUAACUUCGUAACGACUGAAAAAUUAUUAACCAAAGCUAAAGAAACCAUUAAUGAACAGAAAAGUCAAUCGUCUUCGUCGUCAUCGUUGCUGAAGAAUACCAAUGUUAUCACAAACAGCAGUGGCGUCGAUGAGUUGGCCACAACAAUAGACAACGAUAAGAAUGUCAACCAAAGGGUCAUCGAAGUGGUCAAAGCAGCGGAACAGUUGUCUAAACAGGCGUCCAAUACGAGCAGUGCAACCAAAGAGCAAAAAACCACAACUGUUAUCAUGAAGAAGCAUAACGUAAACACUGGAUCCAACACCACUACUACUAAUGUUACCGCCACUCAGCCCACUGUUACGUCUCCGUUAAUACCGAUACGGGUUAACACUAAAAGCCCUACCAAUCCUUCAUCGCAUGCCAGUACACCAGCACACAGUCCAUCGACACCCCAAUCCUCCCGUUCCCGAUCAUCGACACCCAUACACAAAACGAGAACACCGUCGCCCAUAUUGAAGAUAUCUCCGAACAAAGGUUGGAAUACAUCAUCGGUGGACAGUAACGACAUGAGUCCGAUGUUGGAUCCGUAUCAGACGUCCAAACUACCCGGUGCUAAGCCACCGAAACCGGACAAACCGCCAAAACCGCGUAAUUUGGCCGCACUUUCAUCGUCAGUUCAGACAAAGAACAGCGAAUCGCCCGAAUGGUUGUCGUUCAGCGAAAAGAAGCGCCGUUUCGAACAGGGAUUGAAUCAGACGACGACAACGGGCGGCGAAACCGAUGGCCAACAAAAAGUUAUCGAACGAUCGGAGUCGUCGUAUAGCGAAAGCAAACGAUUCAGUUAUUUGUCUGCCGAUGAACUCGAAAGACUUCGCGAAGAAGAGACGAAAAAGUUGGCCACACUUUCUGAGGAACAAAUAAAAUCGUUGAUUACAAUGACAGGCGAUGACGACGACGACGAUGAUGACGAUGAUAGUGAAGAACUGAUCGACAAUUUUGUCUCAGAACAGAUCAAUGAGUCGAUCGUUGAUUUGGAUAAUCAACGAGUGUUUCGGACAGCAAAGUCAGAGCGCCGUUAUAUCGAACGUCUGAAAAAAGGUGGUUUCGAUUUGGAGGCCGAACUCGAGGCACAACUGAAAGAUAUGACACCAAAUCAGAGACGAGCGUUGGAAGCGGAGAAGAGAGCACUUUGGCGACAACAGAGACUAAAGUCCAUCGAAGACGAAGCCAUGAGAGCUCAGAUGGCGUUGAAAGUGAAAGAAAUGAGCGAACAGUUGGAGUCGUCGACCAGAGAGACGACGACGACAACAACAACACAAUCGUCGGUUUCACCUAAAGUUCGGGUCAUCGAUAUUGAUGUCAUCAGAGAAAAUUCAGACACAGAUAGCAGUGAUAGUGAUGAUGAUGACCAACACUGACAACCAAAAUGGUGGGACUCUUUCUCUUCAAAAAGAAAAUAAACAAAUUGUGAAAAAGUUUUUUUUAAAAACAACAAAUUUCACUAAUUAUUUUUAUUUAAACAAAAAAAAUAUUUAUAUAAAUAGCUAUAAAUAUAUUUACGAAUCUAUUUGA